AUGAGCAACAUGUUCACGAUAGGCCGCAGUAUGAGCGUUGCAAGACGAGCUGGAUAUAUGAGGACGGGCCUGGCGAGGGGCCUGGCGAGCGGUGGCCAGGGGCCUGGGGCCCCUGGCCACAAGCACGACGCCAAGCACGACACACACAACACACACAACACCCACGAGCUCAAGUACAUCACGGAGCGCGACCGGCUCCUGGCGAGGGCGGGCAGCGCCUGGCAGCGCCUGCGCAUCAACGCCCGGUGGCUGCUGGCGCGGCAGACGCAGCCGCUGCGGUUCCGCCACCUGCUGACGACGUCGGUCGUGUCGGGCAUCUACCUGGGCAACGUGGCGCUGCUGCUGUUCGGGACGACGACGCUGGUGUCGCUCGUCGUCGUGGUCGCCAACCUGUUCUCCGACAGCUCGUCGAGCAGCAAGAACUUCCUGGCCAAGCGCCUCGGCAACUACCUCACCAAGAACACGAACUACCACAUCACCUUCGAGCACGCGACGACGGCUCGCAGCGGCGGCAAGACGCGCAUCGUGCUGAACAACGUCGCGAUCUCGCGCCGGCCGUACCAGACGCACACGUUCGAGGUGGGCCCCCAGCGGGAGGCGGUGCGCCGGGCGGAGGUGUCGCUGCGGGACCCGCCGCUGCUGGUGAGCGACGCCCACUUCGACGACGGCAACUACACGCAGUUCGACCUGACGGUGGACUCGAUCGCGAUCUCGUUGAGCCUGCAGAACUGGCUCAACGGCCGCGGCAUGGUGCGCGACAUGGCGCUCAGCGGCGUGCGGGGCGUGGUCGACCGCACGCACGUGCGGUGGGCCGACGCCCCGGGGGAGGGGUCCGCGGAGGGGUCCGUGGACCAUGCCACCGGCCCCUCCGCGGACCACCGCAGCAGCCAGCACGCGGUGGGCGACUUCGAGCUCGCCGAGUUCACCGCCACCGACGUGCUGUUCACCCUGUACCAGCCCAACGGGUUCCGGCCGUUCCACGUGAGCGUCCACAACCUGCACCUGCCGCGGCUGCGCAAGAACUGGUUCUUCUACGACUGCCUCAACGCCCGGUACGCCAGCGGCACCUUCGACAACUCGAUGUUCACCGUGCACCGCAAGCUGCCCGCAGCCGCCGAGCCCGCAGCCGCCGAGGUCACGGCCCCCGGCGCCCCGGGCGGCCCUGGCGGCCCCGGGGACAGCUGGCAGUGCCGCACCCGCCUGCGCGUCGACAACCUGGGCGUCGACCACCUGAACGCGGGGGUCGACGGGCCCUUCUCGUGGAUCACGCAGGGCCAGGUCGACAUGGUCGGCGACAUCAUGGUCCCCAACGAGGACCUGUUGGCCGGCGACCUGCAGUCGGCGCUGCUGCGCGAAAUCACGCAGAACCUGAAGGCGAUGGCGAGCGACCACUCCGUGCUGUACGCGCCACCCGGCUCGCGGGGCCCGCCGGGCCCCCAUAGCCGCCGAACCCGCCGCUCGGUCGAGUCGCAUCCGCGCGACUACUUUGUCAUGGACCUCUCGCUGAAGCUGCACAACGUGCGCGCCGAGGUCCCCUACUUCACGCCCGACCUGAGCUACCUCAACUACGCGCUUAUACGGCCCAUCGUCGCGUACAUCAACGCCAACAGGACGUACAUCCCGAUCCGGUGCCGCAUCGUCAAGCCGACCCGCGAGUUCGAGGGCGCCUGGACCGUGUACGACUCGCUGCUGAUCAGCGACAUGCAGGUCAAGGUCUACGAGGCCAUCAACGCCUACGUCGACGACGACAGAAGGAAACACCAGCGUAUACGAAGAGUCGGCUUCUGGUCGCUGCAGAUCAUCCUGCAGAUGUUCCUGCUCGGCCUGGGCUCGAUAGCAUAG